GGCAGGAGGGACAGCUAGCUCCCGAUCAGCGCUUCCGCGUGCGUGGGAACAUACAACUCCAGCGAGUUUGAACUUAGCACAGCUCGAUCGGGAGCCAUGCCGGACUUCGCGAGGAACGCGGCGGAGCCGCCGCUGGCGGCCAGCUACUACGCACUGCUCUGCCGCUGCGGCGGCGGGCUCCACGGAAGCGCGUGCACGACGGUACCGCCGGCGUCGUCGGAGGUCCCGCUUCCCGUGUCGGAGUGCGAGCUCCCAAUGAUCGACGUGGGGUGCCUGACGAGCGAUGAUCGCGGCGGGGGCAGCGCGGAGGAGCGCGCGGCGUGCGCGGCGGCCAUUGCGCGGGCCGCCGAAGAGUGGGGGUUCUUCCAGGUGCGCAACCACGGCGUGCGGCAGGAGCUCCUGGAGGAGAUGCGCCGCGAGCAAGCGCGGUUGUUCUGCCUGCCGUUCGAGGCCAAGGCUACGGCCGGCCUGUUUGACGACUCCUACCGCUGGGGCACCCCGACCGCGACGUCGCCCCAGCAGCUGUCCUGGUCCGAGGCCUUCCACGUCCCGCUCGCCGGCAUCUCCGGCAACAGCCGCAACUUCGGCGAGCUCACCACCCUGAGGGACGUGACGCGGGAGGUGGAGGGCGCGAUGUCGAAGCUGGCCAGCACGCUGGCGCGCGUCCUGGCGGAGACCCUGCUGGGGCGCCCCGCGGGCGAGCGGUUCCCGGAGGGGUGCGACGAGACGUCGUGCUUUCUCCGGCUGAACCGGUACCCGCCGUGCCCCUUCUCCCCCGACGCCUUCGGCCUGGUGCCGCACACGGACAGCGACUUCCUCACCGUGCUCUACCAGGACCAGGUCGGCGGCCUGCAGCUCAUGAAGGACGCCACCUGGUUGUCCGUCAAGCCCAUCCCCGGCGCUCUCAUCGUCAACAUCGGGGACCUUUUCCAGGCAUGGAGCAAUAACAGAUACAAGAGCGUGGAGCACAAGGUGAUGACCAACGCGAUGACGGAGAGGUACUCUGUUGCGUACUUCCUUUGCCCGUCCUACGACUCGCCGAUCGGCACUUACAAGGAGCCUUCGACUUACAUGCCAUUCACGUUCGGAGAGUACAGGAGAAAGGUGCAAGAAGAUGUCAAAAGAACCGGGAAGAAGAUCGGGCUCCCUAAUUUUCUCGUAUAGAUUUGCAUGCAUGCAUGGCCUAUACUUACACUGUUACGCACAUGACACACCUCCAUCAUGUUAAUGCAUGCUCCUUUCUGUAUACCAACAGUAUACAGUAGCGAGGCAGUGUGAUUGGUACAUUAAUUACUAGUUUGUAGCUUAGUUUGAUGUAGCUUACAAGAAAGUAGCAGGAUCGAGAGCCUGCACCUAGGAUAGGGAUUGUUACAGUUAUUUAGGGGCUGAUCGUUUGUAUUUUUCCUAUUAAUUGACUGCUUUCCUUGACCGUCGUA